GGUAAUGAACGGAUGCAUGGAGCAGGGUCCUUAAAUUCAUACUUUUCCCGUUAGUUUCUGUCAUGGCUCAACAACAAGAAAGCCACCCCAUUAGUCACACCCUUCUUCUGCCAUCCACACUGCUUUCAUUGCACUAGCGAGUACAGGCAGUUGGCCAAUGCCAUCGCUGUGCAGCCUGUGCUUGUCCUUUGCCACCAUAUACAUACUUGUUAAAGAGAUGGAUCCAUGCAUCCACUGAUCGGUUCACCAUGGCCGCAGUCCUCUUCUUCCUCCUCGUGCUUGCCCUCGCCACCAGCAACGACCCAGCAGUUGCUGCCACCGGCGGCAAUGAUGAUCCACCAGACCUUAUUAUCGUGAACCUGCAAGGCCAUGGCACCGACAAGAGCUCUGUGGCCUUGCAGAAGCAUGACAUCUCCAUCGCCGGCUUCACCAACGGGAGCGGCCACUGGCACACCUUCCUCCCAGGACACGACCACCUGGUCCCCCUGCCCACGCCCCUCCCAUUUGGCAGCAGCUACAACGACCUCAUCGGUGGCCUCGUGAACCUGCCGGGUGUGCCUCUGGGGCGGGAGGCCAUGUUGCAGGCCGUCCGGGUGCUCUCCGCCUACGACCCGGCCUCCACCGCGGACGACGUCAAGUCGCUCAAGCGGGCGCUGGCGUCACUCACGGUGAUGUUAUGUGAGGCCCAGCGCCUAGAACCCAUCUCUGAGACUGUUAGCAGAGGAUGGAAGAGCGGGGCCCACGUUGCUGCAGAGCAUCUGCCCUACAUCGACCACUGGGACACCAUGUCCUACGAGAUCAUCCAUGCGAACCGGACGGGCAAGUGGAACGGGCCCUUCAUCGAGAUGCUGAAGAAGAGUGCCAACAUCCACAGCCAGGAGGAGGCGCUCGCCGUGGUCAAGCUGCUGGUGAAUCGCAACUUCGAGGAAGUGCUCAAGGCUCACGCCAUCAAGAUCAAAAUAGAGGAUGUUCAGCCAGAAAUUUUAGAAUUAGUCAAUUCCAUUCGCAAAAUGUUUGGCAAAUAUCAGGAAGAGGAAUCAGAAAUUUAGAGGAAGUAGAUAGGGAUUAGGCAAGGGAAUUAGCAUUUUAAUCUCAAUCCCCUGUCAUAGGAGUUACUUGUGGGAAGUUGAAGAUCUUUAUUUGACUACGUGGUUGGAAAAUAAAAACUCAAUACAAUAUUACUGUUGCCCAUUA